GGGAUUGUUUCAUGCAGGAAGCAGGCUCCAUUUUAGCGCCGCCCGCUGUCGCCAUCUGUUUCCCUUCCCUCCCACUUAUCCCCCUCCCGUCCCUAAGCCCCAACGGGAAGACUGGGCCUAAGCCUUCGGAGGCUGGAGUGCAAGGAGGAAAGGGGAAAAGGGAGAAGGGGGAAAAGCGAGGAGAAAAACGGUGAGUCGAGAAAGGCGAGUCGUAGAGGCAAAGGUGCUUAAGCACGCAGCCCGGCGGACGGACUGACGGACGUUCCUGUGCUACUGCGGCCGCGGCUGCGGCCCACGCGCGAGUCGCGUCGAGGCGGCGGCAGCGGCAACAGGAGAGGAGCAAUGGCGGCCGACAGUCGGGAGGAGAAAGAUGGAGAACUUAAUGUUUUAGAUGAUAUUUUGACUGAAGUACCAGAACAAGAUGAUGAACUGUAUAAUCCAGAGAGUGAACAAGAUAAAAACGAGAAAAAGGGAUCAAAAAGAAAAAGUGACCGAAUGGAAUCUACUGACAUCAAACGACAAAAGCCCUCUGUUCAUUCAAGACAGUUGAUUUCUAAGCCACUGAGCUCAUCAGUUAGCAAUAACAAAAGAAUAGUUAGUACAAAGGGAAAAUCAGUCACAGAAUAUAAAAAUGAGGAAUAUCAAAGAUCCGAGAGAAACAAGCGUCUAGAAGCUGACCGGAAGAUUCGGUUAUCAAGCAGUGCCUCCAGGGAACCUUAUAAGAGUCAACCGGAAAAAGCUUGCCUCCGGAAAAGGGAUCCUGAAAGGAGGGCCAAAUCUCCUACGCCAGAUGGUGCUGAGAGAAUUGGGCUUGAAGUGGAUAGACGUGCAAGCAGAUCCAGCCAGUCUUCUAAGGAAGAGGUGAACUCUGAAGAGUAUGGUUCUGACCGUGAGACUGGCAGCAGUGGUUCUUCCGAUGAGCAAGGCAACAACACUGAGAAUGAGGAGGAAGGGGUGGAGGAUGUGGAGGAAGAUGAAGAGGUAGAAGAAGAUGCAGAGGAAGAUGAAGAAGUAGAUGAAGAUGGAGAGGAGGAGGAGGAGGAGGAGGAAGAGGAGGAGGAGGAGGAAGAGGAAGAGGAGGAGGAAGAAGAAUAUGAACAGGAUGAGAGAGAUCAGAAGGAAGAGGGAAAUGAUUAUGACACUCGAAGUGAAGCUAGCGACUCUGAUUCUGAAUCCGUUUCCUUCACAGAUGGGUCUGUCAGAUCUGGUUCAGGCACGGAUGGAUCAGAUGAGAAAAAGAAGGAGAGAAAGAGAGCUAGAGGCAUUUCUCCAAUUGUUUUUGAUAGAAGUGGAAGCUCUGCAUCAGAGUCAUAUGCAGGUUCAGAAAAGAAGCAUGAGAAAUUAUCAUCUUCCGUUCGUGCUGUCCGAAAAGAUCAAACGAGUAAACUCAAAUAUGUCCUACAAGAUGCAAGAUUUUUUCUCAUAAAGAGUAACAACCAUGAGAAUGUGUCUCUUGCCAAAGCUAAGGGCGUGUGGUCCACGCUGCCAGUGAAUGAGAAAAAAUUAAAUGCAGCAUUCAGAUCUGCAAGGAGUGUUAUCUUAAUAUUUUCUGUCAGAGAGAGUGGAAAAUUUCAAGGAUUUGCAAGACUCUCUUCAGAAUCACAUCAUGGAGGAUCUCCUAUACAUUGGGUGCUUCCAGCAGGAAUGAAUGCUAAAAUGUUGGGAGGUGUCUUUAAAAUUGAUUGGAUUUGCAGGCGUGAAUUACCCUUCACUAAGUCGGCUCAUCUCACCAAUCCUUGGAAUGAACAUAAACCAGUAAAGAUUGGACGUGAUGGACAGGAAAUUGAACUCGAAUGUGGAACCCAGCUUUGUCUUCUAUUUCCCCCUGAUGAAAGUAUUGACUUGUAUCAGGUCAUUCAUAAAAUGCGUCACAAGAGAAGAAUGCAUUCUCAGCCCCGAUCAAGAGGACGUCCAUCCCGUCGAGAACCAGUCCGGGAUGUGGGAAGGCGUCGACCAGAAGAUUAUGAUAUUCAUAACAGCAGAAAGAAACCAAGGAUUGACUAUGCCCCUGAGUUUCACCAAAGACCAGGGUAUUUAAAGGACCCACGAUACCAGGAAGUAGACAGUUUCACAAAUCUUAUUCCCAACAGACGAUUUUCAGGAGUUCGCCGAGAUGUGUUUUUAAAUGGGUCCUACAAUGAUUAUGUGAGGGAAUUUCAUAACAUGGGACCACCACCACCUUGGCAAGGAAUGACUCCUUAUCCAGGAAUGGAACAACCUCCACACCAUCCUUACUAUCAGCACCAUGCUCCACCUCCUCAAGCUCAUCCCCCUUACUCAGGACAUCAUCCAGUACCACAUGAAGCAAGAUACAGAGAUAAACGAGUACACGAUUAUGAUAUGAGGGUGGAUGAUUUCCUUCGUCGCACACAAGCUGUUGUCAGUGGUCGGAGAAGUAGACCCCGUGAAAGAGAUUGGGAACGAGAGCGGGACCGCCCCAGAGACAACAGAAGAGACAGAGAGCGAGAUAGAGGACGUGAUAGAGAAAGAGAAAGAGAACGAUUAUGUGAUCGGGACAGAGACCGAGGGGAAAGAGGUCGAUACAGAAGAUAAUGUGCUUUUGGAAGCACUGAUUGUUUAAAGAUAAAAAAAAUCUUGUAUUUUUUUUUUGUGUGUGUUUACAAGUAGUAAAUUUAUUUUCAGCUGUCUACUUAAAGUUCAUUGUGUAGAAGGAUUUAUUAUGACCCUUUUUGUUCCAAGCAUGCAGUAUAAUAAGAACUGGAAAAAACUCAAAUCCUCCAAAAAAUGCACAGUUGACAAUUUGAGUUGACACUUUUAUUGGGGCAGAAUGGAACAGUCCACAGAUGUAGAUAUUGAUUCAUUCUCCGUAAAUGUUCAUCUACUUAUAGUGUGUUCAUCCUAGAGUUACUUCUUUGUUUGCUUUUCUUCUUUUGGAUUUUGAUUGAUGACUGCCAUGAUAUUUUGCUUUGAUGUGUUUCUAACUGUAGUUGCACACGGUUCAGUAAAAAUAAUGCUGCUAUCAAGUAUGCAAUUAUUGAAGUAUGAUGGUCUGACUGUAUGGCAGCCUCUUGGUUUCACCCUUUCCCUCUUUUUUUAAAUCUUAAGUGACUUUAUUUUUCUUCAGUCUUCAAUGAUGAGAGCAAUAUUAUGAAGACAUUGCUAUCUAAUUUUUAAUCUUUUUCAAUAAAAAAAUUCCCAUGUUCAGUAGCAUGGUUGAUGCUAUUGUUUAGCCUUCCCCUCCAAACUGUAAACAUUGGCUUGGAAUGUUCACAACUUGCGUGUGUGGCAGCAGAAGAUAAUCCCCAUAUUCUACAUUGCUACUGUUUUGUAUAAAAUAAAUUGGUAAAGAUUGACAUCAGUUGUAUUUCUUUGUUGUCUGGAUGCAAGUUUGUUUUCUUAACACAUUGGUGGACAUAAAAAUGCUAUGUGUUUAGGAAUUGUAGGAACCCCAUUGUCUUUUUUUACAUAUUUUAGCAGAAAUGAUUGACCUAGGCCAGUUAUAUUAAAAGCUUACUUCUAUUUCUAAUGUAAGAACUAAUGAUAUGCAGUGGAAUUAUGUUGAUAUUUUGCUUAAGCAUUUAUUCCUCUGUGGUAACAUUUUAGGAUCUACUCUGGUCAGAGGACUCUUUAUGGUUUUCUGUUAUAAUACUUUUGUUAGUGAAC